AUGGUGAGUUUCAGUAGGAUAUGAGUGAAAAAUUAGUUAUUGACAUAAAUUUUGCGUCUUUUCGAUUGUUUGCAUAGUCAUGUUUUAAGCGCCUUUUCUCUAGUUUUGUUUGAGUAGGUUUUUAGAUUGGAACGUCGGCAUUAUUCACGCGAAAUUCGAGUUUCAGUUUGUUUUCUAGUGCGUUUUGUUUGAAAUUGAGUGUUUUGGGACGAUUCCGAAAAGUAGUUGCGAAUAAUGGGUAUGAAGAAACGAGUUUUUUUUCUCACUUCAGAAAAGUUUAACCUUAUGAUGUAAUCAAAAGAUAGAAUUUAAAAAAAAUGCUUUCUCCGAUUUUCAACUUUUUUUUGUCUUUUGCUUCAAAAGGGAAUGCGAAACAAUCCGUUUCUGAAAAUUGACUGAAAUCGGUUUUAAAGAACGCGGUUUCUUCCCUAUUUUGCUGUUUAGUGAAUUCAGAACGCCUCAAAUUUCGUACGGUUUUAUUAUACGGAAAAAAAAUCUUUGAAUUUUCGAGGCUUCAUAACUCGGCUCGAAGCCAAAAAGGGAAGAAAGUUCCAAUUGAGUAUGAAACAGAACUCUUCAAAAGUCAUCUCAGUGAAUUUUCAGCUACUUUUCUCAAAGACGAAAUUUUUGGGCUUUUUUUAAUCAUUAUCAAUGAUGCAAAAAAUAAGGAAAAGAUAAUUAGUUUAAAUUUUAAAAAAGUUACGGUUGAAUAUUUUUGUUGAGGCUUUCCACUGGCAAUCGAAAGUCAAUGUGCAGCAUGUGGGCGUCGACGACAUGGUUCUGCUGCCGAAACUCGGCGACCAGGCCAUCGUCGACAAUCUCAAGAAACGUCUCCUGGCCAACAGCAUCUUCGUCCGUCCCUCCAGCUCUGCAAACCAGAAAUCCCUCUUCUUUCAGACCUACAUCGGUCCGGUGUUGAUCUCCGUCAAUCCCUUCAAGCAGAUGCCGUAUUUCACCGAAAAGGACAUGGAGCAGUACCAAGGCGCCGCUCAGUACGAAAAUCCGCCCCAUAUUUACGCCUUGGCUGAUAAUAUGUACAGGUUGGGCUCUCAUGAUGGAAAUGAGCUAAAGUGAAAAAAAGAGGGAAAAGAAAUAGUUUUUUGUUUUUUCCUUACAAUUUUCCUACAUAAGAAGUUCAAAACUUUGUGAAAACCAGAUUUGUUGCAGAAACAUGAUGAUCGACAACGAGUCUCAGUGCGUGAUCAUCAGUGGAGAAUCGGGUGCAGGGAAAACGGUUGCCGCCAAAUAUAUCAUGAACUAUAUCUCGAGGAUUUCCGGCGGAGGUCCGAAAGUUCAGGUGAGACAAGGAUCAUCAUCCGUUUGAAUCUUUUCUAAGGGCCAUUAGGCUUCCCUUAUGAGGAAAGUCAGAAAAAAAGGGCUUUUUUUAUUAAUUAGGCCAGUAAUAUCAGUUGAUAUAGCGACCAUCGUUUUUAGCACGUGAAAGACGUAAUUUUGCAAUCGAAUCCACUGUUGGAAGCUUUCGGAAACAGUGCGACGGUCAGAAAUUGGAACUCUUCCCGAUUCGGAAAAUACGUCGAGAUUAUUUUCAGUCGAGGCGGCGAACCCAUCGGCGGAAAGGUUGAUUUCUCAAUAUUCAUGGCUUAAGUUUGUUAUUCAGUCUUCAAAUUCUUUUUUUUUAUGAUUCAGCUUAAUUAAUAUAUUAUUUCACAGUUUAAGAACCAGAUAAAAAAAUUAAAUUCAAUUAAAAAAAUUGGAAAGUUAUCCAAUAUUGUGUUCCCUUUCGAGUUCAAAUUUUGAAGAUUCAAAAAAAGUUUUUCAAUAUUUUUUCAGCUGACCAACUUCCUUUUGGAAAAAUCGCGAGUUGUUCAUCAGAAUUCCGGAGAUCGAAAUUUUCACAUUUUUUAUCAACUUUGCGCCGGAGCGGAUACUAAUUUAAGAAGUAAGAUCUUUUCCGUACUUAAUUAGAACUGUGAAACUUUUUGAACAGAAAUAAGACCCAAAUUUCAGUCUUUCUGUAUUGAAAAGAAGUCGGAAUGAAACUUAUCUUCACAGCUGAUAUUUUUUUCUUUUAUAGGGACUAAUUAUUUUUUUCAGAUUUUGAUCAGUUUUAUUGAGAGAAGUUUGUCAAAACUUUAAUUUUCAGGUACCCUCGGAAUCGGCGAACUGUCCUAUUAUAAUUACCUGAACAUCAGUGGCGUUUACAAGGCACAAGAUACGGACGACGGGAAAGACUUCCAGAACACUUUGGUUCGUUUUUUUCUCGGUUUUUUUAAACUGUUGAACUUAUGAGUCUAAUUUGGAUACUAUGUUUUUUUUUUGUUAAGUAGAACUUGAAGCCUUUUUUUCCUAUAGAGUUCAAAGUUUUUUCUUUUUUUUCCAGUUUUUUGUGGUUGUAUCAGAAAAACAGAGAAAAUGACCGUGAUGGAAUGGGUAUCAAUAUUUCGAGCAGCGUUUCAUGAACUUUUUUUCGCUCUAUCGACAGCAAUCUAAUUUUUUUGUUUUUUUCUUUAAGAACUUUUUUUCUUUUUUUAGUUUUUUUGUCGUUGAAAUCUCUUAGAGAGCAUCUUAACGGGAUAUUGAGCCAUUCAAAAUUUGAACUUUUCUUUUCGUAUAUUUUCACAGCCAUAUUUUUCGUUUGGCUCUCAAAUGGCUUCAUUUUCGGAACUCCAAUCAUUUUUCUCAAAAAGCUUUUUUAGCACGCAAUGAAAGUGGUCGGUCUGUCGGAUGAGCAACAACUGGAGAUCCUUCGAUUGGUUUCCGCCGUUCUUCACAUUGGAAACAUCACUUUUGUCGAAAACGACAACUUCGCCUCGGUCCAGAGCGAAGAUUGUGAGUGGAAUUAUGUUUUUUGUGAUUUGUUAAGUAUCUGUUGCUUUAAAAUCAACCUGACUGACAGCCUUGGAUAACAAAAACACUUCCAGAUCUCGAAUUUCCGGCGUUUCUUCUCGGAUUGACAAGCGAACAGAUCAGUGCCAAGCUCACGGGUCGAAAAAUGGAGAGCAGGCGCGAAUUUUUUUACAUUUUCACGGAAAACUCCUAGAGAUUUUUGUAAUUUUCCUAAUCUUUUUCUUAUUUCUUCCGCUGUAAACUUGCGAUGUUUUUGUUCCAACUUCGUUUUUUUUCCAGGAUAGCACGAAUAUUUAGAAAAAAAUGUCAAUUUAACAAAUUUCAAAACGUAUUCCGGUCUUCUCUAACCUUAUGAAUACUCUUUUCUAAAGAUGGGGCAACAAAACGGAAGAAAUCCACAUGAAACUGAACGUCGAACAGGCUUCUUUCACUCGCGACGCCUGGGUCAAGGCGAUUUAUUCGAGAAUGUUCGACUUUUUGGGUCCGUUUCGUACACUUUUAUGAUACUUCUUUUCUCUUAAUAUCUUUGAAUAUUCUCGAUUUUUCACAUCUGCAGUUUCAUCGAUAAAUUCGGCGAUGCACGUGCCUUCGACGUCGUCUUCCGACUUGUCAAUGGGAAUCCUGGAUAUUUAUGGCUUCGAAAUUUUCGAUAACAACGGUUUUGAACAAUUUUGGUACUUUUAAACCCCUAUCCUCUAACUUUUAAUUUGAACUUUUCAGUAUAAACUUUGUGAACGAAAAACUCCAGCAAAUCUUCAUUGAACUGACUUUGAAAGCCGAGCAGGAGGAAUACGUGCGCGAAGGCAUCAAAUGGACCGAAAUCGACUAUUUCAAUAAUAAAAUUGUCUGCGACCUUAUCGAGACCAAGAGACCACCUGGUAAGGGAUUUCCAGUGGAAAGUUGAAGAUAUUCAUUGAUGUUACUUUUUUUCAAACAGCUUCUCUGCUUUUUCAAUUUAAAAAUUUUAAUAAAUAAAAAGUGGUUAGUUAAUGCGUUCUAGCUGCUUCCUCUCUUUUUCAAUCCAUUUCGAUUCAACAACAAAAAAACAUUAUAACAGUUGAGAAAGACUAUUUGAUUUUUCAAAGGCAUUUUAUCUUGGCUUCUCGCAAAUCUGCUUUGAAACGACCACUUCGAGUAAAAGAUUUUUACAAGGAAUCAAACUAAUUGAUCGACUUUUUCUUUAUUUCAUUUUUGAAUUUCGCUUUGAAUCGGUGCAAGCUCAUUUUGCUUAUAUAUUUUUGAACAACAUGAAAGGAGAUUAGAUUUUAAAAAAAGAUAAAUUUGAAAGUUUGUUUCAUUUACACUUUACGGAUAUGGGGAUAAGUAAUUUUUUUAAGAGGUGAAUUGAUGACACAAAAAAAGGGGAACUUUUUUUAUUUUUUUGUUUUCAAGAAACCUCUACUUCCAAUUUUAAAUCCUAGAAAAAAUAUCUACUUUGUCCUUGUUUUUCCCUUGGUCUUGGAGAAUCAUUAAAUAAAACGGGAAUCCUUAAAAUUCAUACAAUAGCAAGAAAAAAAGAUUAAAAUUUUUAUUAUCAAAAAGUUUAGCAUUUCUCAAAUAUUACUGAAGAAAUAACUUCCAGGAAUAAUGUCCCUGGUCGACGACACUUGUGCCCAGAACCACGGCCAAUCGGAAGGCGUCGACCGACAGAUGCUGGUCCAGCUCUCCAAGACCUUCUCCUCACAUCCGCACUUCUUGCCCGGCUCGGACUCUUUUCUCAUCCGACACUACGCCGGUGAUGUCAGUCUUCUCAUUUUAAAUUGAUCAAUUCAGAAAAUCAUGCGUAAUUCUUUGGCCAAUACAUUUUAUUUCAGGUAACAUAUAACAUUGAUGGGUUUUGUGACCGUAAUCGUGAUGUCCUUUACUCGGACCUCAUUCUUCUAAUGCAACAAAGCAAUAAGUCCGUUUUUUAGUUAUUAAUUUCAUUUCAAUUCGAAAAUUACUUUUCUUUGUUAAUUUUUAAUUUUCUAGCUCUUUCGUUCGAUCUCUGUUCCCGGAUGUGGUUGACACGUCUGGCGGCAAACGACCAACCACUUUUUCGACCAAAAUUAGGGUGAUUUAAAAAAUGUUCAGGAAAUAAUACACAUAUUUUUUUCCUUCAGAAUCAAGCAAAUGUUCUCGUAGAAUCUUUGAUGAAAUGCUCGCCUCACUACGUCCGGUGUAUAAAGCCCAAUGAAACGAAACGACCUGGCGAUUGGGAUGAAAAACGGUACCUUUUGCGGCCAUUCUUCUGCAAAUCGAAUGCAAAAAUUGGAGAUUUUCCAGAAUUUUAUUUCGUGUCCAAAAAUUUCUCCUCUCAACCUUCAAUUUGAGAAUUAUGCACCAAGAAUUAGAUCUUCAAGCGAUUUUUACUUUUUUUCCUGAUUUUAACUGUAAUAAUUUGCUAAAAAAAACUCUGAUACUAUCAAAUUGAAGAAGAAAAAUCGUUUUCUUUGAUUUUGUCAAAGUUUUAAUUCCAGAUUUUAACUUUGUUUUUCAGGGUCCAACAUCAGGUUGAAUAUCUCGGUCUCAAGGAAAACAUACGGGUUCGAAGAGCUGGUUUCGCAUAUCGGUUGGUUUUUUCACCCCUCUGAUAAGGCCGGGAAUUUUACUCGAAAUUUUAGAUUUUGUUUAAACUCGUCUGAAAUUAUUUAUUUUUUCAAAUUCCGUAACAAUGAGCAGUUCUGAAGCUUAAUUUCCAUCUUUCUCGAAUUUUCCAUACUUUUUUGAAAACUCUAAAAGUUACAGCAUUUCUAUAGCUCCCGGUUGAAUUAACUUUUCUGCCAUCUAUUCAAAAAUUCGCAUUUUGUAGACCGUUCAUCAAAAGGAGCCGUUCUGAUACUGUUAUACCCCUUUUUCUGAAAAACUAGAAAGCUGCGUAGCUGAGGAUCCACCCCUCAAAUCAAAAAAAUAACUUCUUUCCAGCUUUGAAACAAGAUUGCGUAGUUUUACAGAACUGAAUUUUCAGUCUAGAGUAUCGAGUAAAGCAACUAUUCUUGUAAAUAGCAUGCAUUUCUUUCACUUCGAAAAAUCCGUGUUCUGCAGACGUGCCUUCGACAAGUUCGUCUGGCGGUACGCGAUCCUGACGCAGGAGACGUGGCCCUCGUGCCGCGGCCCCCCGGCGCAGGCCUGCGAAAUCAUCUGCCGCAGCGUCAACAUCGACCAAUCCCAGUACCAGAUGGGCAAGACCAAGAUCUUCAUCAAAAAUCCCGAAUCGGUCCGAGUUUCCCCCCAUCAACGAGACUUUUGCACUUCUUCAGCUCUUCUUGUUGGAGGAAACUCGCGAGAGGAAGUACGACGGAUUUGCCAGAGUCAUUCAGAAGGCCUGGCGACAGCAUAUUGCUCAUAAGCGGCACGCGAAACAAAAGGUCUUUAGGAUUUAUUAAUGAAAAACUUGUUUCUUCCACAUAUUAAAGUUCAUACUUUCCGGUUUAGCAUACUGUAGGUUGAAAGGAUGCAUACACCGAACAGUUUUGCGCUCUCUUCAAAAUAAAUUUUGUAUUAAACGUUACGAAAAGAAAAAUUUGAUAAAAUCCGGAGCGCAUUUGGUUUUCGAUACCAAGGUCCGAAUUAAAGCUUCGAAAUGAUAACUAAGAUGGUAAAUGCUGUCAGGAAGCCGCGUCGGACUUGAUGUUCGGCAAGAAAGAACGACGACGGUACUCGCUGAAUCGGAAUUUCGUCGGCGACUACAUCGGCCUGGAACACCAUCCGGCACUGCAGUCGCUGGUCGGGAAGCGACAACGCGUCGACUUCGCCCACACUGUCAAUAAGUACGAUCGCCAGUUCAAGGUGCGAGAAUCUACACUGUCAAAAGCUGGAUCUCGAAAAAAGGCUGUUGAUGAAUAAUCUUACCGAUUCUAGACAAUUUAGAGAAUAUAUUACACAAUUUUGGACCUAAUCUACGUUUCUUCGAAAUUCAAAAUAGGAGCUUCCUCUUAAUAUUUGUUUAUCACAACUUGAUGAGAACUGUAAAAAAAAACCAGAAAAAAGGACAAUACUAUUUGUAGACCUCAAAACUGGAUAUGCUGGUAACCCCACUGCACCUGACUCUCAUUGGCCGACAAAAAGUGAAAAAAGGCGCCGACAAGGGAAAAUUGCUCGAAAUAAUCAAACGGUUUGUCGUCUUCCUGUUUCAAUGAAAUUGUAUGGAACUUUAAACUAGAAAGUUAUUUUUUCUAAUUCGUUCUGAAUUAUUUUCAGGCAAAUUGACCUGACGAAGAUUCAAUCGAUUGGUUUGUCCCCGUAUCAAGACGAUUUCAUUGUGAUCUACGUCAAAGACGAUUUCACGUCCCUACUUGAAACCCCUUUCAAAACUGAGUUUUGCACUGCUUUGAGGUUUUUUUUUUUGCGAGUACUUCAGGGAAAAACGUUUUUUAGUAAACGGUACAAAGAGAAGACGAACGGCGGAACUUUGCACUUGGACUUCCGGCCAACGCACACGAUCACUUUGAAAAAGACGCGUUUUGGAGGUGGUUCAUUACUUUCUAUUAUAUUUGAAAUUCUGGGCACAAAACACGUUCUCCGAAAGAAUCGAUGAGAAGCCAAAACAUUGAGUCACUAAUAGUUCAUGUUUUUAAGCUCAUACUUUCAUCUCUAGAGUUAUGUAAGUCUCUGAAGUUUUACUUUUAGGUUUGGAUAGGCUUCGCUUCUUUUGAGGGUGACUGCACUUGGAAUAGGAAAAAGAACUCAAUUUUUCUGUUUUAAGUUUGUUUUUGCAUAGUUGAGCUACAAAGAAAUGAUCAGCUCUAUCUAAUUUCUAAAGCAAUAUCUAAAUUAUCUCUUUUAAAGAGAAUUUUUAGGGAUGAAAUCUUUGUGAGAAAGAAGAACCUUUGUUGAUUGAAUUGAAUCAAAUAUCAGUUCAGCGACAAAGUUUCUUUUAUAUUAUACUUUGUGCUCUAUUCCCUUUAGAAAUCUUAUAUUUUUAGGCGGAACAAGAACCGUUCAAUUCGUUUGCGAUGGAUCCCAGACUGCGGCGCCCGUUUUGAAAUCUUCCGGAAAAACCCUGACGGUUACUGUAGGCAAGGGACUUCCCAACACUACCAGUUAGUUUUUCUUUGAAUUGAUCUAAACUUUCUGUUUUUUUCUUCAUUUUCAGCUUUUUUCAUAGUCGCGUUUUUUUCAUUGUUUUUAUGGUAUAAAUAAUAUCGCUGCACUCCAUUAAAAAAAAGAAUUUUUUUUUAAUAUUUUUAUUUUUUUACUGCAGAUAGCUUUUUGAAUUAGUCACUUCCUGAACAAUAAAAAAACUCUUGAAAUUUUUUUGAACUUCCUGGCUAUUUUUUCUACAAAAAAACUCCUCUCAGAAAUAAUUAUUUGGCAAAAAAAUUCUUUAUACAUGAGCGCAUCUUGAAAUAUUCUCAUUUGUCUGUACAUUCUUUUCUCGUACCAUUUUCAUUGUUCUGUGACUGUGGCUAGAGCGGAGCCGCUUCAGACUUUCUCAAGUCGAGGAUGUUGAGAUAUAUGAAUUAAACCAGAAAAGAACUAUUUCCGAUCAAACAAUAAGCCUAGCCAUUUUUUUAAUACUGUUAACCUCCUUCCGACCCCUUAUAAAUCUGAGUCAGACCUACCUAGCUGAGGUUGGAAAUUAAUUUAGUUUUUAUCAACUACCUCCUUUUUUAUUACUCCUUUAUCAAUUUUUGUAGGUCAACUUCUUUUUUUGGCUUCGCCCACUUAUGCGCUGAAUCAAUGAAUUUCAGGACCUUCGAUGGACCGGCCGGCAGGCGGAUACACGCCCCGACGCGACCAACUUCGGACGUCGACCCGGAAGGCGCCGCGGCACCCGACCCACGCCUCCAACCCGCCGUCUUCCAUCGGCAGCGUCCCUCUGCAGACCGUGCCGAGCUCCAUCGUCGAUCGACAGCCUUCGAAUGCUUAUCAAAAUGAACUGAGUAGGAUUUGCACCGACAUCGAAUAUCCAUUGGCUUUUUAGGAAAUGCCAUCGGAGCUGGAUCAGCUCUGAGAAGCACUCAGAAUCAGCCUGCUCAACGCAAUGCUGAGGUACCUUUUUUUUAAAGAAAAGCUGAACUAGAAAAGCCAAAACUCUUGCUGCUCUGCUACUAGUAGCGACACGAAACUUCGAAAAAAAAAUUUUUAUUUUUAUUUUAUUUUGAUAAGUUUUAUGAGAUUAUGUGUCAAUCUCAAACUUUUGAGAUAUUUAGAUUUUUUUUUGUUUGUGACUUUGAACUAUCUUGAUAUACCUUUCAGCCUCCGAAAAGAGGUCCGAAGCCUCCGCCUCCAGCCAAACCGAAACUUUUGCCGGUUGUCGUGGCCCUGUACUCUUACGACGCUCAGGACACUGAUGAACUCUCAUUCUCCAUAAAUGAAGAAAUUGAACUCAUGAACAAAGGUACAUUUUUUUUUUUUGGAAAAGGGAUUGAAAACAAUUUUCAGAUCCAUCCGGCUGGUGGCAAGGCCGAAUCGGCACCAGAAUAGGCCUUUUCCCUGGUAAUUAUGUCCGCGAGUAA